AUGAGCCAGUCCCUGACGCAAGAGCCGCCGCUGCCCGCGGCGCCCUUCGAGGAGGCGCUGCGGGUCGUCCGCCAGGGUCUGGAGACGGACAACAGCACUAUGGCGAUACCGCUGGCGGCUUUCACGGGCCGUGCCGUGGCCGACGCCGCGGUGCGCAAGGUGCUGGUGGUGUCCACGUGGAGGAGCGGCAGCUCGUUCCUCGGCGACAUGCUCGCCUCGCAACCCCUUGCGUUUUACCUGUUCGAACCGCUGUUACUGCUCAAGUCUGCCGAAGCUGCCACCGGCGUCGCGACCAGCGCCGAGCGUCGGGUUGCCAUGCUCGGCCAGCUCCUGCGCUGCGACUACAGCGGGGCGACGAAGGAGCGCAGAGAGCUGGAGCUCGUACACGGCAGCAGCGUCAGCAUCCGGGAGGCCUGCAGACGCUUCCCGGACGCCUGCGCCAGCCGACGCUUCCUCGAGGCCGCCUGCGCCAUGCACCCCGUGCGCAUCGCCAAGACGGUGCGCAUGCGGAUGCGCUACCUGGAGCCGCUGCUGCGCGAGGAGCCGCGGCUGCGCGUCGUGCUGCUCGUCCGCGAUCCGCGCGCCGUCGUGCGUUCGCGCAGACGGAUUGCCUGGUGCCAGAACCAGUGCGCGUCGAUAAGCUCUCUGUGCGCCUGGCAGGAGGAGAGCCUGCUGGAGGUGCAGCAGCUCGAGCGCCAGUUCCCGGGUCAGUUGCUUACCGUGCGCUACGAGGAGCUGGCGCAGAGCGUAGCGCACGGCGCACGCCGCCUGUUCGCGUUCUUGGGUGUGCCUCUGGAGGAAGCGAGCGUGCGCUUCCUGCUGCAGCACUCCGGCCAGGAGAGAGAGGUGGCAGAGGUGCUACUGGGCAGGCCCGGCCGGCCGCUCGCGCAAAACGCCGACCGCUUGAGCGCCAGCCGGGGAAAGGCGCACAGCUCGGUCAAGAACUCGCUGCAGGUCGCCAGCGAGUGGAGGCGAACAAUGGGUCUGACGGCGGUGCGCGUCAUCCAGCGGCAGUGUAAGGGAGCUCUCGGCCUACUGGGCUACCGGCGGUUUGAGACUCAGGCUGAGCUUAGAAACCUCACUCUACCUCUGGAAAGUUGA